AUGAGCGCGGCUUUCCAGCCCUCGCUGAUGAUGAUGCAGCGCCCGCUGGGAAGCAGCACGGCCUUCAGCAUCGACUCGCUUAUCGGCAGCCCCCCGCCGCCCGCCCCCGGCCACUUCGUCUACACCGGCUACCCCAUGUUUAUGCCCUACCGGCCCGUGGUGCUGCCGCCGCCCCCCCCGCCCCCCCCGGCGCUGCCGCAGGGCGCCCUGCAACCGGCGUUGCCUCCCGCGCACCCCCACCACCACCAGCUGCCCAGCCUGCCCACGGGUUUCUGCUCCAGCCUGGCUCAGGGCAUGGCCCUCACCUCCACCCUCAUGGCCACGCUGCCCGGCACCUUCCCCGCCUCUCCCCAGCACCAGGAGGCCGCCAGGAAGUUCGCCCCCCCGGGGAACUUCGAUAAAGCCGAGGGGAUACCCCCAGACGGCGGCAGCGACGAUGGCAAAGCCUUUCUGGGGAAGGAUGGAGCCCUCUUGCCCUUUUCCGCCUCCGACGCUGUCCAGGCCUCCCUCGCUGGGGCUCUGCGGGGUCAGGGGAAGGAGGAUGCCAAAGCAGAGGAGGAUGCAAAAGGCAAGGAGGAAAGUUUCUCCAUGGACAGUGAUCUAGACUACAGCUCGGAUGACAACAUCCCUGGUCAGGCAGCUCACAAGGAAGAGGACUCUGGCAACACGCUGGAGGAAAACACCUCAGCACCCCCCAAUUCCACCAACACCACGUCCACGGGCAAAAACCGGCGGAGGCGAACAGCCUUCACCAGUGAGCAGCUGCUGGAGCUGGAAAAGGAGUUUCACUGCAAAAAGUACCUGUCCCUGACAGAGCGAUCUCAGAUUGCUCAUGCCCUCAAACUCAGCGAGGUGCAGGUGAAAAUCUGGUUCCAGAACAGACGGGCAAAAUGGAAACGGGUCAAGGCAGGCAAUGCCAACUCCAAGACAGGGGAGCCCUCCCGAAACCCUAAGAUCGUGGUCCCCAUACCAGUGCACGUCAGCAGGUUUGCGAUCAGGAGUCAGCAUCAGCAGCUAGAGCAAGCCCGACCCUGA